CGUUCCAGCUAAGCUCCGUUAUCUGCGUCGAGCUCCCCCCUUCUCCCCUCUGUCACCUACGCGCUCUCCUCCUCCCCCUUCGCCUCUCCCCCCUCGGCGCGAUUUUCCUGCCGCGCGUUCUGCCGUAAAGAGCGCAGAGAUUGAUUGUCUGGCGGUUGGUGGAUAAGCCAGCAAAUGUGGCUGCGGCACCGUCGGCAUCCGCGUCUUUCCCCCUCCGGCCUGCUCACCUCCUAACCUCGCGCGUGUCACACUGUCGAGGUACUUAAUUUGCAUCAUGUUCGCUUCGUGACGGCCUGCGAAGACGCACCAGCCACGCCUUUCUUUGUCCCCUGCCUGUUGCUGCCCACUUCCCUUCCGCUGCUCUCUCUCGCCGCUCCCUCUCUCUCUCCCUCUCUAUUGCUAGCGAGAGAAUAAGAGCAGACUCCGUCGGGGCCGAGAAUGCGAUCAAAUUACAAAUCAUAAAUUAAAAAAUAAAGAUUUUCAAACAGAAAAAACACACACCCUUCUCUGUCAGCCAUGGUUGCCGAAUCUGGGCUUGGCGGGCGCCCACCGCCUCCAUCGCCGCUAAAGCACCCGUCCGAGGCCGCCGUAGCACCCGAUGAGCAGACGCCGCUUCUGCCAGGCCGCAAGAGCGCAGCGACGGGGAGAGGGACGUCGGGAGCAGGUAUUCCGGCGCGCUCUCCUCCCGCGCUCUCCUCGCGCGGAAACCAUCAUCACACCAACGAUAACGGCGACGAAGUCGAAGAGGACGAUCGCGAUAGACAUAAUAACCACCGCGACGACGUCAACGGCAUCCCGAGCGGCGAAGCCGUUGCUGCUGCCGCUGCCGCUGCUACUAGUGCGGAUGGCCCCCCCCGCGCGCCCCUGGCCAUCGCGCACCGGGGCUUCAGCGCCGCCGCGCCCGAGAACACGCUGCUCGCGUUCCGGCUGGCGGCGGCGGCGGGCGCGGCCGCGCUCGAGACCGACGUGCGGCUGUCGCGCGACGGGGUGGUUGUGCUUUCGCACGACGCGACGCUGCGGCGGUGCUUCGGGGUCGACGGCCGCGUGCGCGACCGCGACUGGGCCGAGCUCGCCGAGCUCACGACGAUCCGCACCCCGACCCAGCCCAUGGCGCGGCUCCGGGAUCUGCUCACGUGGCUCGUGGACGAGGAGCAGGAGGGGCAGGAGGGGCAGGGGAAGAGCCGGUUGUGGGUUAUGCUCGAUAUCAAGAACGGGGACGACGCCGAAGAAUUGGUACGCGGGAUAGCAGCAACGCUGGCGUCGGUGCCGCCAGGAGCGCGACCGUGGAGCGAAAGAAUAAUGCCCUGUUGUUGGAAUGCACAAUACAUCAAGCUGUGCAUGCAGUACCUACCCGGCUACCCGCUCGCGAAUGUGGGACUCACGGCGAUGUACUCGCGCGCGCUGGCCGACCGCGUCCCGAACCUAAGCAUCAGCAUGCUGCGGUUCACGCUGGCGACGCCGAUCGUGGGGCCGCGGUUCGCCCGCAAGAUGCGGCAGUCGGGCCACCCCGUCUACAUCUGGACGGUCAACGGGGAGGACUGGAUGGAGUGGUGCGCGCGCGGAGGCUUCCUCGACGGCGUCAUCACCGAUGACCCCAAGCUGUUCCUCGAGGUGUGCCGGCGGGUCGCGGAGGGCAAGACCGCGGCCGAAGCGGCUGAGGACAGAGGAGAAGCGAAGCUGGGGAGCAGGAUGGAGGCGUGGCGCAGGAGACAUCUGAGCGUCGAGGCGGUCGUGAAGCGGGCCAGGAGGUGCUACGAGUGGGCCUUCUAUUACGGCGCCCUCGUCCUCGUCACGGUCACCUUCUUCUUCACCCAGGGCCUGCCGAGUACGCAGGUUCGCAAGAUAUUGGGCUAGAUCGGGCCGGUGUUUUUAUCGUCCCUUUUUUUCCUCUCUUGGUGCGUUCCAUGUGUACGUUUGGUCAUCUGUCUGUUCGCGCUUGCAGGAUACCCGGGACGGAUCCGGGGUGGUAAUACCAAGAAUAAUGGGACGACGCCAAGUGGUGGAGGAGCGUAGAACGAAGGCUCAGGAACCUGGGGUUUACAGGGCCGCCCAGGCUAGUCUGGAGUGGGGUGCAGACGCGUACGUACGUGCGAAUCCCCCGCCCCCGGUUUAAGCACAGCAGUGGUAUCAUCACAAUAGACAUGUAUUUGCGAAAA